UUGGCUCCGAGCGCGAGCCGAGGAGCAGCAAGUUCCACGUCGUGGCGGCAUGGCCUGGCUACCGAACUGGUCCACGCAGCUGUCGCAAUGACGACGGUUGAAGAAGGCGCAAAUGAGCGCCAGCACGGACAUGAAGCUCAGUAGGUUCGGCGGCAUUGCUGAGCGCUGGGCGGACUGGGUGCACGGGUGCACGUGGCUCGAGGCCUGCACGGGUCUCCGCGGCAUGGGUCAGGUGAUGGCGGCGGCGGACAGCGCCGACCCUUCAGACGUCACCACGCUGGGCGACCACGCAAGAGCGAUAAGCUUUAGGCGGUGGCAUCUGGGCGCGACGUGGUACAACUGCAGGAGCUUAGCGUCACCAAGCGCUAUCGCAACAACAGACGAGGCUUGGCGGCAGUCAAAUGCCGAGGGCGAGAGCAGGUCAGGUAAUCGCUAAGCUGUGAUGCUGCAGUUCGGCUCGAGCUCGUGGGAGAUGCGGACGAAGGACCGCGAGGCUGAAGUGAGUUUCGUCCAGUUGUUCAAAUAUGCGGCGCGCCCGGAGGGGAAGGCAGAGAGGGCGGGCCUUCUCAGAAGGCCUGAGGGUUUCUGAGAGCCCCCGCCGCCUUGUGAGAAGGCCUUCUCCUUCUCACUUCCACCCUCGCUGCGCCGCCGACAGCACGGGCAGUGUGGAAUGCCGAGCAUGUGGUCUGCAGCGGCGAGGUGAUCUCGGGCAGCGUUCUGAUCAGCGCGCUGCCUGAAGUCGGCGAUAGAGCCACGCCGCAAUGUCUCGGAAGUCACGUUGAGGAGCCCUUACCCAGCCAAACGACGGCCUGGACGAGGACGACGGCUGCUCUCGUACAACAGCCUCAGUUCCAUCACGCCGCAUUUUCUCGUACAAAAGCGUAAGUGUGCCAUCCAUCAUGUUCUUCAUGAAUGCCAGCACCCCAUGUUUUGUUCGUUUGUGUGGCUGGCUUGUUCAGCAUCUUGAGGGCCAC